CCGACGGUUCGGAUCCUUUAUGACUCCUAUGGCUGCUGUUGUCUCUCAAAACUUUCCUGUCGCAUUCUGUUCGUUGCUAGGUUCCUACACUCAACCCUCUCCCUAGGCGUAUCCUUUCUCAGGUGCUUCGGAACCUCCAAUUACCCUCAUAAUUACAAACAGAUAGGCCUGAUCUGCCCCGCAUCCUUAUCAGUCAUCUAGAACCCACUCCGUCACUAUGGGCUCUCACGAAGUCAAGCCCAAGAUUCUCCUUCUUGGAAGAGUCGACUUUGCGCAAGAUGCCUGGGAUGCGCUGAACCAAAUUAGCGAGGUCGUCAAACCAGCUUCAACCAACCGUGAAGACUUCCUGAAGGAAUGCCGAAGUGGAAAGUUUGAAGGAGUCAUCACGGCCUAUUGCACAUUCUACUCGCUUGGCAUCACUGGCCAAGUCGACCAAGAAUUGGUGAAUGCAUUGCCCAGCUCCCUAAGAUUCAUUGCUUAUGCCAGUGCCGGCUAUGAUAAAGUAGAUAUCGACGCAUGCAGUGCCCGUAACCCCCCGCUCCUUGUCUCGAACGUGCCUACCGCGGUGGACGACGCUACCGCGGAUGUGAACAUGUUCCUUAUUCUGGGAGCGCUUCGAAACUUCAAUGCUGGUAUGCAUAGUCUGCGACAAGGCAGGUGGCGAGGUUCCCCAGCAACACGGCUUGGCCACGACCCCCAAGGCAAGACUUUGGGAAUUCUGGGAAUGGGCGGUAUUGGACGUAACUUGAAGAAGAAGGCCGAGGCUUUUGGAAUGAAGGUUAUUUAUCAUAACCGUCGACAACUUAGCGAGGAGCUUUCUGGGGGUGCGCAGUAUGUCACCUUUGAUGAGCUUCUGGCGACUAGUGAUGUGCUCAGCCUGAACCUUCCGUUGAAUAAAUACACCCGCCAUAUCAUUAGCAAGGCAGAGUUCGCCAAGAUGAAGGAUGGAGUCGUUGUGGUCAACACUGCUCGUGGUGCUGUCAUGGAUGAAGCUGCCCUUGUGGAUGCUCUGAACAGCGGUAAAGUGUUCUCAGCUGGUCUUGAUGUAUUCGAAGAAGAACCCAAGAUUCAUCCUGGUUUGAUCGACAACCAAAAUGUAAUUCUCGUGCCUCACAUGGGUACUUGGACUAUCGAGACCCUCAAGGCGAUGGAAGAGUGGGCCAUUGAGAAUGUGAAACUGACUGUCACCACGGGCAAACUGAAGAGUCCUGUGCCAGAGCAGCGCGAUCUGCAAUAAUAGGUUGUCCAUGCCUAAAUACGCUAAAUGCGCGUAGAUGCUCGGUGGAUGUUUGUGCCUCUGGAUAUAUAAAGUGGCGGAUCAGAGCUGAAAGUGUAUAUAUUGUACAUAGUUGGAUAGAUCAAUUCUCAUAAACAAGAGUAGCAUUUUGAGGUAUGCUCUGACAUCAAAUACAAAGAAAAUAGGGCUCG